AUGCCGCAAGUAACUAUUGAUAUGGAAGUUGUUCUACAAAUUGGGUGUCAACUUCGUAACGGGAAUGCUCCCAAAACGGUGCUAUCACUUCGUCACAGUGAAGAUUUGACUUCAAUAGCACCAGAUAUUGCAUUUACGCCUAGCGACAUAUAUCUCAAUUUGACUGCACAACAACUUUGGACAUUCCAAGAGCAACCUUUCACCCCGUAUUCGUUGUUGAAGUUGGGGAGACCACAAGCCAUUCAGAUUUCAAAAACUAAAUAA